AUGAGUGACCACAAGGCUAUGCUACUUAACAAAAACAAGGUUGUACUCGUCACUGGCUGUGCCAAAGGUGGCAUCGGUUACGAGUACUGCAAGGCAUUUGCAGAGCAAAAUUGCCAUGUCUUCGCCUCUGACAUCUCUCAACGCGUGGAUGACAUGUCCGAACUCUCAUCACAUAAUGUUGAGACACUGGAGCUCGAUGUCUCUUCAGAUGAAAGUGUGGAAUCGGCUGUGAACACUGUCAUUUCCAAGUAUGGCCGAAUUGACGUUCUGAUCAACAAUGCUGGGAUAGGAAGCCCGGGGCCCUUGGCAGAGCUCUCACUGGAUGAGAUUCGAAAGGCUUACGAAAUUAACGUGUUGGGGCAGCUGAGGAUGGUGCAACAGGUGGUGCCUCACAUGGCGUCGCGACGCAGUGGAACCAUAGUGAACAUAGGGAGUGUUGUGGGGAAAGUACCAACCCCUUGGGCUGGUUCUUAUUGUACUACCAAGGCUGCUGUGCACGCCAUAUCGAACACUUUGCGGGUUGAAUUAAGGCCUUUCGGCAUCGAUGUGGUGAUGGUGAUUGCGGGAGCUAUAAGAUCAAACAUUGGUAGAAACAGCGUCGAUAAAUUGAAGAAUUGUGAAUGGAAACUUUAUAAGGAAUUCAAGGAUGCCAUUGAAGAGAGAGCAUGGGCUUCGCAGCGUAGUGAAAAAACAACGGAUGCUAAGGUGUUUGCAAGGCAUGUAGCGAAGAACGUUUUGAGAGGUAGACCGCCGAAACAGAUUGUUUUUGGUCACAUGACUUGUUUGUUUGCUUUCCUUUCAUGGUCACCCCUUUGGGUGAGAGAUAGCUUUUUCGCCAAGCGGUUCAGCCUAAACAGGAAGGUCUAA